AUGCUUUAAACACUCUCGAAUUAUGUCGAUAUUGAGGAUGAAUCCAUUAGAAAUAUGAUCAAAGAAUUGAAAAUUCUAGAAAUAUAAAUUCCCCAAGAUUAACAAAUAGAAUUAGUAAAGCAAAUAUUUGAAGAUCAAAAAGCUAAACCUGUACAAAAUUAGAAAUAUUAAGUUCAAAUAGGAAAUCAAUAUGAUUUGAAUUUGAUUGAAGAACAUUUCAAUAAACCCCUCUUGUGCGAAUACUUAGAAAGUUAAUAUACUGCAUUAAUCGAAUUAAUUAGUGACAUCUCCAAAUCUAUAUCAGAGAUCUCCUUGAGAAUUGAUUAAAAAUAGUCUGCAAGUAAUAAGCAAUAGGUUUAUAAAUUUCAAGAGGAAGCAUAAACACAAAUAUUAUCCUUAAAUCAACCUUUAGAUCAUUCAUCAUUAACUUCAAACAACAAAGAUAUUUAUAAAAAUGAAAUGGUCUAAUUCAUUAAGGAUUAGAAGAAUAACAUUGUAUAUCAACAAUAAGUUUCUCAAUUAGAAUUAAAAGUAAAAUAAACCAGAAAGAUUAUAUUUGAGAAAAUAGAAGAACAAAACAAUUUAUCUGAUCAAGUAGUGCAAAAAAUGGAGAUGAACAUUGAUAACGAAUUGAAGCUCUUGGAAAAAACUAUUGAAUUGAAAUUUGUUGCUAAAGUUGAAAGUGAUUUACAAUAAGAAGUUCUUAAGAUGGAAAAGUCAAAUGCCAAUAUUACAUUCAAUAAAGAUGCACCAUAAUUCCAGGAUUCCGAUUAAAUAGACAAAUAAGUGAAUUAACUGUUUAAUCAAAUUUGUUAAACAUUUUAAGAUAUCAAAGAAUAGAAAGUCAAAAAUAAUGAUUUAAUCUAUGAUCAAAUCCUGAAUAACAUUGAAUCCUAAUCGAAGAAUUUGAAUAAAGUAUGCUAACAACAUGAAUCCAAUACAUAUCAACUUUAAGAUUAUAUCAAUAAUUACUCUGAUUCAUAACAAUAGAUAAGACAUCAUUAAAUCGAGAAGAUUAAAGAGUAAAAAAGAGACUACGAAUUUUGUCAAAGCUUUUUAGUUGAAUAACAAAGUGACGAAGGAGCUGAAAUUGAUGAAUUUUUAAAAUAGGCUUAAAACUAUAAUUCAGUCCUAAAAGUCACUGAAUAGAUGGCAAAUGAUUACAAUGUGUAAAUAGAAGGGCAGAAACAACAAUUGGAAUUGAUUAAAUAGUAUUUAUUGAGAUUGUAGAAAUUACUAUGA